UCGAAGUUAUUACCAUGUGUUUUGGUCUGAGAGAGACUCCGUUGACGGAGCAAGAUGGUCCAACCACCGAAUCGUCUCUCAAUAGAAAAAAAACCCAUUGUUUUUGGAUUUACUCGUUCCACGAAAGUUCUAAGGGAAAGGAACUUUCAAAUCACUAUCAAAGUCUUCUUCUUUGGAUAUGUAUAUUAAAAACCCUAAUAUGUCUCCCUCCGUUCUUUCCUUACAGAUAACUCAAGUCUCUUCCAAGAUACAACCUUUUACUUGGAUACUGCAUCAUGGACGGUGAAGCUCAGCAAAUCUCAUUACUUGAUGGGAAAGAAGACAAGUUUGAUGGUGUUGUUGUGAAUUUGAUGGAAGUGGUGUCCAUGACUGUUGACGAUUUUGAUGCAAAGCUUGAUUUUUCACUUCGUACAUGGAAGGGUCAGGGGAAGAAGGGGAUUUGGAUAAAGCUGCCUCGUGAGCUUUCUAGUCUUGUUGAUACGGCAAUUAAGAAAGGGUUUACAUACCACCAUGCCGAGAAGGAAUACGUGAUGCUUACAUCUUGGCUCAGGGAGCCACCUAGUACUCUUCCUGCCUAUGCUUCUCAUCGUAUUGGGAUUGCUGCUUUUGUCCUAAACAAGAACGGAGAGAUGCUCGUGGUUCAAGAGAAUAGUGGAUAUCUCAAAGAUAAAGAUGCGUGGAAGGUGCCUACCGGUACUAUUAAAGAGGGUGAGAGUAUAUGGGCUGGGGCAAUCAGGGAAGUGAAAGAAGAAACUCAUAUUGAUACAAAAUUUGUAGAAGUCCUGGCUUUCAAGGAAAGCCACCAAGCAGUCUGGCAAAGAAAAACGGAUAUAUUUUUCGUGUGCGAGUUGGAAGCAAGCACGUUUGAAAUCAAGAAACAGGACUCUGAGAUCUUUGCUGCUAAGUGGAUGCUGGUUGAGGAAUACGUAAACCAGCCCGUUCACGCCGAGGAAGGGAAUGAGAUGUUUAUGUUAAUAGCUAACAUCCUUUUAAAGAGGUUUCAGAAGGAACACAUGGGUUUCCAAAAUGUCCACACUACAAAAUCAUUGAAGGAGAGCCUUUACAGCAGCGUCGAUCAUUCAGCCAAACAUCUGAGCGAGACGUGUGAUGAAACCUCCACUUCCACAUGUCUGAGCAAACUCUCGUCAUAGCAUGUUUUCUAUUUGGUUUGCUUGACUUCUUUGUUUAUUGAAGAGGACAAUAAAAGUUAUGAAAUCGUUUCCUCUAUCAAGUCUAAACCUUACUGCUCUUGAGAAUCUUGAUACACUUUGUCGAACAAAGAGUCUCGUAAGAAUAUUUUUCAUGA